AUGCAGCCGUGCCGUAAAGUUUGUAUAGUCUUUUAUAGCAUCAUAACCUUGAGAGCGUUUAGCUACUGCGAACAACUACCCCUGUACUUGAAACGGUCAUGGCCGCGCUACGACCUCCGCUCGAAUCAGGAACGUCCGCUCGACGCGGCAGCUAACGCUAGAAUAGCCUUCCAGCGAGGCGCGGGUGCGGGGUGCGGAGUGUUUACUCCUCCCCAGCCGUGCCAGCUGAGCGGCGGCACGCUAUAUUUAGGUUGCGCUGUAAAUAUUCGGUCCAAGUACGGAAAGCGCCUCCCUCCCCGCGGCGGUGUGGGGACAGGUAGUUCCCGACAAAAGCGGGUAAAAGUUGAAAGUUCACCACCGCCUCGCACACGAGUUCGCGCUGUUACCGAAGGCUUUCUUUAUUUAAAUUCUAUUGCAACUUGUUCUCAUAGUAUCCAUCGACUUUAA